AUGACGUUGGUAAUACUCAUUUUAACUGUGUUAUUUUUCGCGGUCCCACAAUCCAGUGGACGACCAGAGAAAUUCAAUACGACUUUCAUCAGGCCUAUCGCGUCUUUCAACCCUGUAAUUUUGGGAGACCAGAUUAACACUAACAUAGUUUCACUAACCGAAGCACUGAAAAAUCCUCAGUCCGAAGAUUUGGAUGCCGUUGUUCAAGGAAAAGUUGGUCCACCCGUGAACGCAGACGAAGGUGAAUACACUAUCGAUUACAUUGCAUUUCUGGGGUUCCCGAAAGGUGAGACGACGGUAUGGACAUUGUCCCAAUGGGAACAAUCUGUGAUAAUUUCCGAUUGCACCAGUUUAUUUAAGAAACCCAUUGAACAUGAAGGAGGCUUACCUUAUGUGCAAAAUCGUAUGGAUUACCUUAUGUUCGGUAGCUGGAAUUAUGAAGUAACUACAUAUACAUGUGUGCUAGACAUACACACAGUUGGCCUGGCUAUAGUUGUGUACAUCCCAGAAACUAGCACUGGAAAUGAAGAAUCCACUGAGGUGCAGCUCAAGCGUGUAUUUAUCAAGAGCUUUGAAGCGCGCCUUGCCACCACCAUCCGCGAAACCAAGCAUGGGGUUGACGGGUAUACCAGCACUUGGCAAAAUACUAUACACACUCAGCGGAUUGCGCUAUUGCACAUCCUGGGGUGUACUAACGUAACGAUUGGCAAGACUGCGGAGAUGAUCGGUCACAGACCACCAAAGAAUGUCACGCUCAGAUGUUUCUUCAAAAGUGAUCAGACCUCAGCGUAUGUGCCGGCCCCAGACAGGUUUAUAUACGAUAAGGAAGAGAAUGGUGGGAGCGCCUUGGUUUUUCGUCUAGUUAACACGCAAUAUACAGAUACAGGUUUUUACAAAUGCAAUAUAUCGGAAUACUGUGAGCAAUGUAAGCCGACAGCUGGCCUCCCUCCAAGACACUUGCUAGUCUUACCAGAAAAAGAUAACGUCCAGAUACAUCUGAGUAUGCAGCCAUUUCCGGAGAAUAUGACAUCGUUCGAAUCUUUCAGUCAGGUAGCGCCUCAUAUUGGACAAUAUAUCAAACCCAAUCAAGCCGUCUACGUAUUGUGCACAGCUGACUUAAUUCCAUAUGGCCGUAUGGAAUUAACCUGCGAAGCUCACGAUUAUCAUCUUCACAAAUACAUCCCUUGGAGUGUUCGUGUGCUGAAAGACUGGAGCGUGAAAGGGCGUAACGGAUCACAAAAAAUGUACAGCUACUUACUGCAAGCACCCGAGGCAAGCGCAACCAUAGACGCUCUUAUAUUGAACUGUAACCUAACGUAUUAUCUAGAGUCGGUUCCCACGCACUCCCUACUGCCCAGCGAAACGUUGCAGCAGGUCGCCGUUGUCACAGUUAAAAUGCAUCAUGACGUAGCAGCGCAAUUGUUCCCAUUGCAUGUGCGAUCCAGUUUGCCCGAACUACUCUCAAACUGGAAGCCAGUAAGUAGCCCACGGGACAGCAUGAGUGCGGUACAAUUCCAUCAAUCGGCACCCUCCAGAAGGUUGGAAGAAGCGAUUGUCUACAUCCACCGUUUAGACAGCUUGGGAAUGCCGAACGGUCGAACAAAAACACUUGCUCUAUUUAAAACCGGAUUCAAGUUGGAGUUUGAUGAGUGCAUCUUAACACAAACGACAAACAUCGAUGCAACUGAGGUACCUGCCGACGUUCAGAGGACGAGAACAUUUCACGAAAGUGGUGGGCGCGGUUUUGUCAACGUAACAUUUCUGUGCACGUUACAACCACAGCAUGUCGCGCUCAUUUUUGUUGUUUACAAUGUGGAGCUCGGCCUAAAGCAACCGGACGAUUUACCCCCAGAUGUUUCAGCAGGAAUAUCUGCAAAUGUGCUCCAGUGGUUGGUCAAUUCGUCAGACCCAACUCCACUCCAAUGGCCCAAGUUGUCCGGCCUACGCGGAUCGUAUGAAGCAAUCAAACUG